GCCGACGUCUGUCAGUCUGGCACCACGGCGCCCCGCGUGCAUGAUCUCUUGACGCAGGUACAGCUCCGCACCGGUCUCGCGCUCGUCUCGUCGCCGUUCUCACGUUCAGUCGUCGGCCGGCGUUCCGUUCGCACGCUCACUCGUGUACCGUCCACGCGAAUAUCGUUCACCGCCGAUCGUGUGUCGUUUUCCGUUUUCAUUUAAUUAUUUCUUUACAUUUUUUUAUAAAACCGUAUCGUUUGAUUUCUCAGACCGUGUCCGAAAAGAACGAUAUUUUCACCUAUUGGGAAGACACGCAAGAGAGUAUAGUCGGUCGCCGCCGCUGCUGCAGAAACGACCAGACAUCCACAAGAUAACAAAAAACUUGAAAAGCAAUUCUCUGUCGUUGUAGAUGGACACCUACUGCUGCAACAAUGGACGCCCGGGAUGGAUGUCCGUAGUAGAAACGCCGUUGUAAACUGUCCGACUGGUACGACGAUGUUGAACAUUGUAGAAAACGAUCAUCAACAAACAAACGGCGGCGUGGUGACCAACGGCGGUACAGUGACCGCGACCACGUUAACUGGUCUGAACGGCAGCACGGCGAUGAUAGCCAGGGAGUGCGCCAACUGCGGCAAACGCAUAACCGAACGGUUCCUGCUCAAGGCUUUGGACCUGUUCUGGCACGAAGACUGCCUCAAAUGCGGCUGCUGCGAUUGUCGGCUGGGUGAAGUCGGAUCCACGUUGUACACCAAAGCCAACCUGAUACUCUGCAAAAGGGACUACCUCAGGUUAUUCGGAGCGACCGGCAAUUGCGCGGCGUGCAACAAGGUAAUACCGGCGUUCGAGAUGGUGAUGAGGGCCAAAAACAACGUCUACCACUUAGAGUGUUUCGCGUGUCAACAGUGUAAUCAUAGGUUUUGCGUGGGCGAUCGUUUCUACCUGUGCGAGAACAAGAUCCUGUGCGAAUACGACUACGAAGAACGGCUGGUGUUCGCCAACAUGGCCACGUACAACUCGUCCAGUCUGGCGCACAUAAGAAGGCAAGUCAGUAGAUUACAGCAGCCAGCGGCAAACGAACACGCCCACGCAGCAGCAGCAACAGCAGGAGACGUUGUAGGACCGACCGACGAGGUGGACCGGUGCAGAGCCACCUCGGUCGAGCAACAGCAACAGCAGCAGCAGCAACGACGACCACUACCACCGUACGACACCGCCACCAUCGGUUACAGCGGCGCAACAGCAUCACCAGCAUCGGGUCAGCAGCAACAACAUCUACACCAACAACAACAACAGCAGCAGCAUCAACAACAUCAUGGGCAGCAACACCAACAUAUGCAACAACACCACCAGUUCCUGUCUACAGCAGCCGGUGCUACGGUGCUCUCUGCACAUCAAUCGACGGUCGUCGUGGGAGGUGGAGGAGGAGCUGGAGGAGGUGGAGGCGGAGGUGGAGGUGGACGAGUUGACGACGGGUCGAGUGGCUACGGCAGUCCGGACUCCGAGACCGGCAUCGAACCGUCCACGGCCGCAGCCGCCGCCGCCGCAGCUGCCGCUAACAUCGGUGGUGCGAUCAUCGCGUCUUCGGCCACCGCGGCACCGCCGGUACAAUAAUGCCACCGUUAUGCCACAGAUUCCGACUGCGGUAUACACCUACGGACCUCGGUAACCGCGGUGUUUCCCCUCCUACAACCGAUGAAAGCGUAGUUUUUGUUCUAACAAUAUUUACACGUCAUCUCGUAUUGCGCCCAACACUUGCAGAGUCACAGAUGACAUGCGUCAUGCGCGAAAAAAGUCCUUCUACAAUAUUUAUUGUGUGUCACUCCAUCUUUUCGCGCCCGACGACGACCGAAUUCUGUUGCAAACGUUUAGUCGUCAUCGCGUUACGCCCCCCGCAUACGAUGAUAAUAUUAAAAUAACUAUUGUUGGUACCUAAUAUUUUAUACCUUCUACAUAUUAUAAUAUUAUUCUAUGAUCAUGAUUGUCGAUGAUUCGUACGCCGUAUCGUUCUAGUCUUAAACGAUGCCAAAUUUACCCACACACACAUAUAUAUAUAUAAAUAUAUGUAUAUACUAUACACCUAUUGAGUAUAUUAUAUUAUUAUGGAUGUUGAUUUUUUUUUCAUUUAAUUUUGUUUAUUUGUUUUGUUAUUAUUAUUAUUAUUAUUAUUAUUAUUAAUUAUAUUAUAUAGGUAUACUUGAUGAUAAAAAACAAUUGAUGUAGUUACAAUGAAUCUGUUGCACAUGUGAAAACAAUAGGAGUUCUAUACGAAAAUAUAUUAUAAAAGUUCGAUGUCACCAUAACAAUAUAACAAUAAUGUAUCUACUUUAUAUUAGACAUCACGGUCACACAUCCGACUGGCAUAUACAACGCCGUUAAUUUCCGUGUGUAAUCCGUUAAAUCCUGUAAAAACUUUUUAAAAACAAUUCGAGUCGUUCUAAAAUAACCUCGUCGUGGUUGAUUUUUUGAGCUAAAAUAUCGUUCACUCUUUUUCGGUUGUCCAUAUUAUAUUAUAUAUACCUACGAAUACUUUCCCUCAAAUACAUAAUAUUUAACAAAUCACGCGUUUUGUACAUAACACGAUAGGUACAUUCGAUUAUUUAGGUUUAUAAUAUUGACCGACAUCAAAACUUUCAGUAUUAUAAUAUCUUAAAAAUACAAAACAAAAUAAUAACCGUGUACAUUUUCAAAUGCUCAAAUUUUAACAAUACGCUCACGGGCAGAGACGUUUUUAUUAUUUUACAUUGUUAUUAAAUGUUUUAUUCAUAAUACAUAAUACGAGUAUUCGAGCUGUGUUUGAGGGAUUAUUGUUAAUGUAAAUUAUUAUUAUUUAUUUAUUAUAAAUGGAUAAAUUUCGUGACCCGUAUCGAUAUAUAUAUAUUUUUUUUUUAAAUAAUUAAAUAAGCGUUUAUACCAUUUCCUAUUGGGAUUUCCCCUAUCCCUACCCUCUACGAAUCGUGUAUAUAUAUAUUAAUCAUUAUGAUUACUAUUUUGUGUAUAAACGUUUUACCGGACUAGUAUGUUUUAGUUGUUUUUUUUUUUUUUAAUUUUUAAUGUAUUAAGUUAUUACACAUAAUGUUUAAUUAUUGGUACUUGUUGUUUAGUAUACAAAAUAUUACGAUUUCCUGACAAAAAAAAAAAUUAAAUUUCACUACUAAAAAGCGUCCAUUUACUUAACAUUGUAAAGAACAAAAGAUAUAAUGAGAUGAUGAUAUCAUACUAUUAAUCAAUAAUUAUCUUUUGCUGCAGUUUACAGCUUUUUAAUAUUUUAAAUGUAACAUAUCCGUUCAGAUGUUGUAUACGAUUGUUGGGAUAAAAUAAAAUCUGAUCUCAGAAA